UGCAUGUUACGUUGUUGGACGCAAAAUGUCGUCAAGAUGUGCAUUGAAUGCUUUAAGCCUCUUCAUUUCAGCAUUAAUGGUUAUUUCCAGUAAUGGCCAGAGCCAAUUUGCUUCAGUUUUGCACGAUUCUUUGUUCAAAGGUAACUACACACCUUAUAUUCAUCCUCACGUUAACUGUGGUAAGAAUGCUACUUAUGUAACGAUCGAUCUUGGCUUGCGAGAAAUUGUGGAUUUAUCCGAAAAACAAGAGACCAUUAAACUGAAGAUUUGGGUAAGACUUAACUGGAAGGACUGCAACUUCGUCUGGAAUUCUUCUAAAUUUAAAGGAAUUUCGCAGAUAGGACUCCCGUAUGACAAACUCUGGGUUCCAGAUGUGACCUUAUAUGAAAGUAUUGAUGAUAUUGCAAACAUGCCGGAUAUGAAACAGUACAGAGCCUUGAUAACAAACACAGGAGCCAUUCAAUAUCAGUUUCCAACAACAGUACACGUGACAUGCGGAAUGAAUAUUUCCAUGUUCCCAUACGAUCAGCAAAUGUGUACUCUAACAUUUGGUUCAUGGAUUCAUUCAAACAGCGAAAUAGAGAUGUUCAGUAAAUCUGAAAGCGGAGAUCUCUCUUCCUUUGUCAACCACCAAGAGUGGAUCGUCGUUAGUCUAAAAGCAACUAAGCUGACAGAACUAUACACGUGUUGUAAAGAACCUUUCUCCAGCAUUUCCUAUAAACUGGUGAUAAAACGCAAGGCCACCUUCUACAUAAUCACAAUGAUUUUGCCUUUCUUUGCACUCACUAUAUUAUCUAUUGCUGGGUUCAUCUUGCCAUCCGCCUCUGGAGAAAAAAUAGACUUCCACAUGAACAUUCUUUUAGCAGUCACAGUCUAUUUGCUCCUCAUUCAGAACUCACUGCCCGCAUCGUCUGAGUUCUUUCCAAAAAUCGGAAUCUACUUCAUUAUUACCCUCCUUUUAAUUUGUUUGUCCUGCGUGAUGUCAGCAAUCGUAGUAUACCUGUUCUACCAUGAUCUCGGUGGGAAACAGAUGCCCAAAUGGGUCAAAAGAGUUUUGGUGGAUGGACUAGGUCGACUGAUGUUCAUCACACAAGACAAUGUGAUACGCUUCAAAGCUCAACAAUCUUGUGAAAAGGAACCAGCAGAAAAGAAAUUGGAGGACAUGAAAAGACCAAAGGUCAAAAAGAGUAGGAAGAUUGUAAAGCCAGCAGUUUUAUGUGAAAUUCAGAACGCUGUUUAUGAAGGCUGGGAAAGCGAAGUAGGAAAGGUACGUCCGCGAGACCCUAAUAGUGUGGGCUUCUGGGAAACCGAAAGGUCCAACAAAAAGAUGAAUGAGUGGGAAUUGCUGGCCUAUAUAUUGGAUAGAUUCUUUACCGUUCUUUAUACUAUUGCCGUAUUCCUUAAUACGGUUGCCUUUCUUAUUGUCUUUAGUCAAAAUGAUGCACCCUCAACUUAAUUUUUAUAUGAGGCAUGUCACUCGCAAUUUUUAUAUGAGGCAUGUCACUCGCCUGCUCUUGAGAAAUAAAUUCAUUUGAUCAGAA